AUGACAGGAGGUAGUUUUGGGGCUACAUUUACCAUGAUAAAUCGGUGUGAUUACGUAGUAUGGCCUGGAAUACUAGCCAAUGCGGGCAGUUCCAGGUUGGAUAGCACGGGAUUUGAACUUCCGCCUGGCGGCACGCGGUCAUUUCAAGCUCCGCCGGGCUGGUCGGGGAGGUUUUGGGGCAGAACCGGCUGUUUUUUCGACGGAAUAACCGGGCAAGGAAGUUGCGCCACCGGUGAUUGUGGGUCCAACCAGGUGGAGUGCAAUGGAGCUGGAGCAAACCCACCAGCAACCCUAGCGGAAUUCACAGUCGGGUCGGGUUCCAAUUCUGGUCUUCAGGACUUCUACGAUGUUAGCCUUGUGGAUGGCUACAAUUUGCCAAUGAUUGUCGAGGCCAGUGGCGGGUCAGGUUCCUGUUCUUCCACGGGUUGCGUGACCGACUUGAAUCGCAUGUGUCCGAAUGAGCUGCGGACAGGAGAUGGAAAAGCAUGCAAGAGUGCGUGUGAAGCGUUUGGGAAUCCUGAAUAUUGUUGCAGCGGCGCGUAUGGUACUCCUGCAGCCUGUAGGCCGUCCGUUUAUUCCGAGAUUUUUAAAACUGCGUGCCCAAAAUCGUAUAGCUAUGCAUACGAUGAUGCUACAAGUACAUUUACAUGUAGCGGAGCAGAUUACACGAUUACAUUCUGCCCUUCAACCACAAGUCAGAAAUCUUCCAGGGAUUCUUCAUCACCAGCCACCCCAGGGACAACAGACGAGCCACCAUUGGCUACAGGAACAGUAGAUGGUUCGGGUUCACAAGAUAACCUGCCCGCGUGGCUACCAAAUUUUGUCAUAGGUGGUUCAUCGAACACCAUUUCGAAUUCUGGCUUGCACUUCACUCCAGUUGCUUCUGCAGCAACCUUCUUGAUGCUCUAUAUUCUUCAACUAUAG